AUGCCUCCCGCCCUUCAUAUUUCCGGACUAUGUCAAAUUUGCGACCAACCAGCUUUUGGCCAUCAUUUUGGAGUAUUGAGCUGUCGCGCCUGUGCCGCGUUUUUUAGAAGAGCAGUCAACUGGACCAGGAAGUCAUCUUGUUUAGAGAAAAAGUGUCCAGUUUUUGGAAAGAAUAUGUGCAAAAUAUGUCGACUCAAAAAAUGCCUGACAGUUGGAAUGGACGUCACAAAAUUACAAAAGAAUCGAGAUCCUAUAUCCAACUCAUAUUGCGAACGGAGCAAGAUUGCAACACCACAAAGUCUUGCCAGCUUUUUGGGACGCCCAGAAUCAAUUCUGUGUUUUGAGCCGGACCGAGCAUCAAGCACCAAAACAGUUAUAGAUGUCAGCUAUCUUCUAGAAAAAGCGACACACAUUUUUCAACAGGAUCCUUCUUAUCUAGGACCGUAUGAAAUGAAAUCUAGCCUGGAAAGGGUCCCGUAUGCAAUGGAUGCUAUGAAAUCCAAGAAAAUGAACCACCCGCUUUCAUUAAGCGAAGUUAUUGGUAAAACUGAAACUUUCCUUUUCUAUGAGUACACGUUCCUUGAAGCUGCUCACUGGCUCGCCGAGUUUCCGGAACUCCAACAGCUUAAUGUGGAGAUAAAGAUGGACAUUCUAAAAUCCGCAUGGACCAUAUGGAUGAGAUUAGAUGCGUUGGCGGAGACGGCUGAGUAUAAUCGGCUGAAUGGGAGAUUGGACAAUGGGAUCCAAAUUUGUACAAGUGGGGCAAAACUGAAAAUAGAGGAGAUCAAGAUGGAUUUGAGAUGGUGCCGAAUUAUUCGGCAGAACAGAUUGAGAGAAGCCACCGAAAGGCUACUAGGAAUUCUAGCUGACAACUUGCACGCCUACUAUUCGAACAAGAUAAGAAAGACAAAUUAUUCUGGACGAAUUGCACAAAUGAUGAAGAUCAACAGGAUGAUUGAAGUGGAAUUGAGGGAUCGUAUAGAGAAGAAUUCCCUGGCUAAUGUUUUUGAUUUGUAUAAAGUCGAGUAUUCUCAUUCGGAGAUGUUUGAUUUGGUGUAA